GUUUUCUGAGCAUAUCGGUCAUUGUGGAACGUCAGGAAGGCUUGAAAAUGAAGGAACUGCUUGAGCGUUUAAAGCCAAAGGACAAUUCAAGGAUAAUACUUAGGCGAUUUGGAACAAACGUUUGCAUUUGUAUGAAUCAAGGUGGCCAAGUCAUAACCGAGCGGCUCAUCGACGAUACCGUUUCCGACAACUGUGAAUGGCGAAUGCGAAGCUCACGGUACGGUCUCGGUUUUCAACGUGUUUUCGAGGAUGAAGAUAUACCGGAUGAUGGAUCUGAUACUCGGAUGCCUGCCAAUAAUCUAAUCGCAACGUUAAGUGCGGACCCAACAGCUUCUAUAGCUUCCGGCUGGUCGUACAGACUGUGGCAACCAGAGGCAACGUGGGAAGUGCGCGUGGAAAAAUACAUUAAGCUUCAGCGUGAUAUGGUCAGCAACGUCACCGAAGUCAGAAAUAAUAUGAGUAAUUCCAUGACCUACCCCUACAGUUUCCCUUUACUGAGCGACACAAAACCAGAAAAAGAAAUGGAUGAACGGACAUCCAUGAGAGUGGGUGAGCGCGAAGUCUAUUCACUAGAAAUUUUGCCCCAAGAUAUCGACUCGUUAUACCGCGAAAGUCAACAAAUGUAUUGCAAAAAAAUUGAACUGAAGCUACGGGAUAUUGUGAAACAUGAAAUCUCUGCGAGUAUAUUUGUCCUCAAUGAGCUUUACGUAUCUCUGUCCAAGCUACAAGCAAGACUGAAAACAAACCCCUCCCCAUUUAAGAGCAAACCGAUGGCAAGGCUUUUAGACGAGUGGCUGCUGCUCACUUAUUAUCGCUGGCAACAUAAAGUACAGCGCCAGGUGAUUGCGCAGCCGAAAGUAGCAUAUCCGUGUUCCCUCAGUUUUCAGAACCCUUAUUUAAAGGUUAGCAAUAAGGGUGAUUUGGCAAAAGCAACGAUCUUGGAAAAACAGGAAUUCGCCAGUGUCUACCGUGGAAUGCUCUUCAACUUAUAUCAUUUGGCGUCCUGGACUGUAGCCCAAAGAAGGAACUGGAUUGCCCGUCCACGGUUGACAACGUUAUUCAGCUAUUUAAAUCUCUCGAUUCCUUCUGUGGCGCAACUACGUCAGGCUUCGUUUAUAUUGAAUCGUUAUGUUUCUCAAGGCAAGAUGUACUACUUUAGUGACGACACUACGAAACGAAAAUUAGCACAAAUGCUGCGGAGCAAAACACAAUUGGAGAGGGUUGUUGAACGCUCUGUACUUCUGAAGUAUGAGGAACUCCGGUUCUGGCCCCUGAUUCAGCAGCGUACAGGUAAGAAAUAUGAGUCUUCCUUGAUCAGAACGGACGACCUACGUGCGGAAAUACUCCAGCUUCCAAACGAGUUAUACUGUGCAAAAGAAUUUCUGCAAGAAUGGCAAGAGCAACGGGAACGUGAAUCGCCCAGCUCAUGUGUGCAUAGUCAUCCCUCACGACAUCAACUUUCAUGGCAUACAAAUCACCCCCGGAGUAAUGCCAUUCAUCUUUACAAAACCCAUCCUGAAACCU